AUGUCUAGUGCUCCGCUGUUACAGAAGACACCCGGUAAGAAGAUUGCUCUGCCCACGAGGGUGGAACCAAAAGUGUUCUUUGCUAACGAACGUACGUUUCUGUCAUGGCUGAAUUUUACGGUGAUGUUGGGAGGUCUCGGCGUCGGUCUACUGAAUUUUGGGGAUAAAGUUGGUCGGAUCAGUGCUGGCUUGUUCACCCUUGUCGCUAUGGGCACCAUGAUCUAUGCUCUCGUUACAUACCAUUGGAGAGCGUCUGCUAUAAGAAGGAGGGGGUCGGGGCCCUACGACGAUAGGCUGGGCCCGACCCUACUGUGUUUCUUUUUGCUACUAGCGGUGGUGAUCAAUUUCAUACUAAGAAUGAAAUACAACAUGAGCGACCCCCAAAGCUCACUGUGA